GUAUAUAGUCGACACCACUCACUCACUCAACAACACACACUCAAACGCUCAAACUUAACUCAGCUCUAUACCAGAAGAUCUGUGAGUUUGUAUUAUUAAGUGGAAUACGCACGCAAGGCCUUGUGGCGGCACUUAUGCCCUCAUGAGUGAGAGAGAGGAUGGAAGCAUGAUAGCAGAGGAGCGCAGUGCGCCAUUCUGUGAAGGACUCAACCUCAACGACGCCAGCUGGUCCUGGACGCAGACCAUGAACUACGUGGGGCAGCUGGCCGGCCAGGUGUUUGUGCAGGUGAAGGAGCUGUACCGAGGGCUGAACCCAGCCACCCUGUCCGGCUGCAUCGAUGUGAUCGUGGUGCGGCAGCCAGAUGGCACCCUGCAGUGCUCGCCCUUCCACGUGCGCUUCGGCAAAAUGGGUGUCCUCCGCUCGCGGGAGAAAUUGGUGGACAUCGAGAUCAACGGGGAGCCUGUGAGCCUGCACAUGAAGCUGGGCGAGAAUGGAGAAGCCUUUUUCGUCAAGGAGACUGAGAACGACCAGGGAAUGGUGCCAGCUUACCUGGCCACCUCGCCCAUCUUGUCUGAGGGCAGCGCCCUCAUGGAGUCCCAGCUGGGCAAAGGGGCGUCCAGGCUCAGCGACGCGUCCCCCGGUCCAUCUGUCCAGACGCUGGGUCCAUCUCAGGCCUCGGGGGACGGCAGCAGCACGCAGAAGAAGCGGAGGAAGAGACGCAGGAAGUCCCAGGUGGACAGCAUGCGGCGGGACGACACAGAGGGCUACUCGGAGGACGAGGACAUGUUCACCAUCGACAUGAGCUCAGACGAGGAGAGGGAGAAAGAGGGCAGCAGGGAUUCAUCCUGUGACAGGUUUGGCGAAGGUCAGACAAAGGUCACCUCCAGCUGUACCUUUAUGCAGAGCUCAACGUACACACAGGCGGAUGGGGGCUGGGCACACACACAGAGACUGGAGCAGACAUGCACACUGCCCAUCCCCACCGGUGGAGGACUCUCUGUCUCUCUCCCACCUGAUACAUCCAUCUACCAGAACAUCCACAGCCCCAACGAAUCCCUCCCGUCGACGCCGAAGAGUGACUCGGAGCUGACGAGCCAGAUGGGCAAGGCCAAAGCAGACAACCCUGAGAUGCUGUGGGCCUGGGGAGAACUGCCGCAGGCUGCCAAGCCGGCGUUCCUGAAUGAAAUGCCCGAGGCCAAGUCGAUAGCCCCGGUAUCCAUCCCCGUGUCCGAGAGCACCCACUUCCGAACCAUCUCCAGCGCCGCGCGUCCAGAGACACAGACAGCCGACGCCGGACCCCCCUCCCUCUCCCUCUACAUCCCCAGCCCCAGAGCAGAGCUCGCGGGAGAAGAAGCAGGGGCAGGAGAUGAGGUUGGGGCGACAGCGCCACCCUCAGCCAUGGAGGUGGAAGGGAUCGGAGCAGCGGCACGUCUGCUGCAUGACCUAGAGGACGGCCGGGACAGCCCUAGUGGACGAGCACUGGGCAAGACAGACUCUCCGUCCAAAAGAAAGGAUAAAAGAAGCCAUCACCUGGGUUCGGACGGCGUCUACCUGGACGACAUCACAGAGCUGGAGCCUGAGGUGGCUGCCCUCUACUUUCCUAAGAGUGAGGGUGUUGGUUCAGGACAGCCGGGUCAGGAGGUGCGAAGUGCCAACCAAUCACCUCAGUCCGUGGGCAGCAGCGGCAUGGACAGCGGGGUGGACAGCUACUGUGACCAGACUGGGGACCUUCCCUCUAUUGCCAUCUCCCUGUGUGGAGGACUAACAGACAACCUGGAGAUCACUAAGGAGCAGUUUGAGGAAAAAGCCAUAUCCUACCGGGAGUUUGCAGACAAUCCAACAGUCAUCGAUGACCCCAACCUGGUUGUGAAGAUCGGAACCAAGUAUUAUAACUGGGCCACUGCCUCUCCUAUUCUGCUGGCGAUGCAGGUCUUCCAGAAGCCUCUUCCAAAGGCCACGGUGGAGAACAUCGUCCAGGAGAGGAUGCCCAAGAAAGGGGGCCGCUGGUGGUUCUCAUGGAGGGGGCGCAGCUCCAACUCCAAGUCGGAAUCCACAUCAGAAAUGGGAGCUGACGAAGGCAGCCAGUCCGCACAGGCCGACUCUCUCAGAAUGAAGGACGAUUCCUCAAGUGACGAGGACAACCAGACCGCCCGCAUCGGCUCGAGUUCGUCUCGAGAUGACCCGCCACUGACCCCGAGCAGCAUCUGGUACCGGAAGACGCUCCGUUUGUCCUCUGAGCAGCUGACAAGCCUACAGCUGAAAGAGGGUCCGAACGAUGUGGUGUUCAGCGUGACCACCCAGUACCAGGGCACCUGCCGUUGUGAGGGCACCAUCUACCUGUGGAACUGGGACGACAAGAUUGUCAUCUCCGACAUCGACGGCACCAUCACCAGGUCAGACACACUCGGACACAUCCUCCCCACGCUAGGGAAGGACUGGACGCAUCAGGGGAUUGCUCGCCUCUACCAUAAAGUCAGCCAGAAUGGCUACAAGUUUAUGUACUGCUCGGCGCGUGCGAUUGGCAUGGCGGGCAUGACUCGUGGGUACCUGCACUGGGUGAACGAGAGGGGCACCAUGCUACCGCAGGGACCAGUGCUGCUCAGUCCCAGCAGCCUCUUCUCCGCCUUGCACAGGGAGGUGAUCGAGAAGAAACCGGAGAAGUUCAAAAUUGAGUGUCUGACCGACAUCAAACACCUGUUCUACCCAAACACAGAGCCCUUCUACGCUGCUUUUGGAAACAGGCCCACGGAUGUAUAUUCCUAUAAGGAAGUUGGAGUGCCAUUGAAUAGAAUAUUCACAGUGAAUCCAAAGGGAGAGCUGAUCCAGGAGCAUGCCAAGACCAACAUCUCAUCAUACGGGCGCCUGUGUGAGGUGGUGGACCAUGUAUUCCCGCUGAUGAUCCGGGGGAACACGUCGGAUUUCCCCUGUUCGGACACCUACAGCCAGUUCACCUACUGGAGAGACCAGCUGCCUGAGGUGGAACCCGAAGACAAGGAAGCGGAGAAGAGCUGAGAAGAGGGACGCUUAGUCUCUCGCUUUCACACACAUACACACACAUACACACACACACACACACACACACACACACACACACACACACACACACACACACAUAGUAAUGUACAUAUACAGUAAAGAAGAGUACAGAACAAGCUUUGUAGAAGAAGCUUUGCAAUACCAUACCAGUACCUCUACGCACAAGCAUCGGGGCGCCUUUUAACAAAAAACAAAUUAAGCUUUGACAUUUCUACAUGUUUAUGUGAUCAUGUUAUUUAUUUGUUUGUAAAUCUUUUCUACAUUUCUGGUCCUGAAACUAACAUAAAAACAUAUAUUAAUAAUAACCUCAGUGCAAGAUUACCUUGUGCAAAUAUUAUAAUUCCACAAAAACAAUCAUCAAGUAAACCUAAAAUAAAAAUAAUUAUUAAAUUAUAUAUGAAUAAAAAUAAACCAUAUUUUUAAUAUUGCCAACAAAGAAAGCACUGAUAUACCUGAAAAUACAUAUUGUUUGCUACCAGUACCAUAUUUCGCUACCAGUUUGCACCAAGACCAUUGCCAUAUAUCAUAAAACCAUCAAACAGUUUGUUGUGCACUUAUAAAGAAAAUGUACAUCUAAAUUUCACAUGAAAAAAAAUAGUACAGUCAACUUCCAAUAAUCCCACUUUAAACACUGAGUGGAGUCAGUGCAGGGCAAAAAAAUCCUUUGAUAAAAGCACUGUGGACAGAUGGUACUUUUUGUUGUUGGAUUUCUAAAAGCUCCCUUUAUAUAGCAUGCACUUAUCCAAACGCCAUUUGACCUUUUGUAUAGUUUUACCACUCUAUAGUAGCAUUCCUCUGAUAGCUGAUGUUUCUGUUUUUUUCCUUAUCAUAUUCUGAACUCAGUGUUUUAAAGCUCAUAUUUAAAAUUUUAAAGAUCAUAUUUACACGGUUACUGAUCAACAACUGAUGACAUAACCUUAUUUGUAAGAGGGUUUUGGAAUGUACAUGUUGUUAUUCAUUUACAAAGUCAAUGCAUACUUUAAUAGCUGGUUAAAUAUUAACACCAGACAAUGCAAGGGAAACUCAGGGUGUGCCUCUACGAUUCACACGGUGUCCCACAAUUCCAUCUGUUUUCAUUUGGAACUUUACUGAGCUACUCUGUGAUGACUUAGAAAAAAACAGGCUUUGUAAUAUUUUCAUUGAAGUUAUUUCUAAAGUUAAAUACCUUUUUGAGAUUUAUAAAAGAUCAUCAUGCAUAAUUUAUCAGGUGACCAUAAUUUCAAAGGGUAGGCCUACAUAAAAAAAAAAAAAAAAAUCCAGCAUGAAUAUUGUAAGUUGUCGGUGUCACUGAAUGGGUGCCAAGGUAGCCUGACGAGCUGCGUAGGGUCAGGGGAUUGUUUAUCGUUGGUGUUUAUGUUCAGACGAGGUGUGUAAAUAGUAAAUAUGUGUUGAGGAUAGAGAGGGAUGUGCCUGCCUGUGUUGCAGGUGCAGUCAGUGUGUGUGUGUGUGUGUGUCUUACUGUGACUGAAGCUGACAGGCAUUGUGGAUGUUAAGCAGCCAGUGGUUCUCACUGACUCCUGCAGGAGAUUGUUUUUGUUGUUGUUGUCACAGUGUAUCGUUUGAUAUGAUUAUGUGAUGUGAUCCACAGGAUGUAGCCAAGUGAAACAUGGGCUGGGUAAAACCUGUAAACCCCUGAAGUUGACUAUAGGCGUUGCCAGGGUCGUUGUCUGUCGAGAAAUGUCAUUAUGCUUGUUGUGUGUUUAUGGAGGAAAUAAGAUUCAUAUGAAUUUGAUGUAUGCAACAUAAAAUGCAAUUUGUCACCUUUACACUGUUUGUGGGGGAGGUGUUGAACACAAGGAAAAUAACUGUUGUUGAUGUUAUUUUUAUAAUUAUGACAUUGUUGACCACUAAAUACCAUACCACUGUGAGUUAACUUAAACUGCAGAUUGCUAAUGUGCUACACCUAACAGUAUUUUCAUCUUUUAACUGCAGUGCACUCUCUGUAGAAGAUCCAAGUUCUUUUUCAUGAAACCUAUAUUUUGAUACAGUAUCAGUUUCAGAUUCUGACAUGAGAAGCAUUACUGUGGUAGCAAGUCAUCUCCUUAUUUUAUUUAUGUGUUUGUGCACAGUCAACUGCCAUCACUUUCCAGUCUGUCUGUAUAUGUUGUGGUAUCGGUAUUCUUUCUGUGAAAGAUCUUGUUGCCUUAGUUUUGGCUGACAUUAUGUCAUUGUUUGUCCUUCAAAUGCAUAGAGGUAAAAUCAAAUUUAAAAAUCUGUAUAUUACUUUCAAUAAAUGCAAAACCAAUGGACUGCAA